UGUGUGUGUGUCACAGAGAGAGAGAGAGAGAGAGAGAGAGAGAGAGAGAGAGAGAGAGAGAGAGAAUGUGUGUGCGUGUGUGAUUUGAUUUCAGUGGAUCAUGGAGCAGCGCUCUGACCGCGGUGUGUCGGAGUCUCCUGGCCGCACGGACGCGCUUCUAACACGGUUACUUUUGUUCCGGAGCCCCGCUGAACGGAGUUAAAGCUGGAGGAUCGGAUCGGUACCGAUGGCUGAUCCUCUGCGGAGGACAAUUCUAGCCAAACUCAGGGGCAAGAAACCCAAAGGGAAAGACGCGAGCACCUCGAACCGGCCGAGAGAAGGUAAAGAAAAAGUUUCUCAAACGCAGACAGAGAGAGAUUACAUUUCACAUGCGAUGAGGUGUGAGGAGAGGUGUGUGAACGCGGAUCCGGUGGCUGCCUUCGGCGGCUACAGCGCGGCUCCCCGGUGCGCUGUGCGUGUCACCGGCGGUCGUGCGGACGCGCACGGGAGCGGGUUCUCAAGGCCCGGGGCCCCCGCUGAUCAAAGCGAGCGCACCGAGCUGAAGCGCGUCCACACGCCGCGGGUCCGCGGAGACUCGAUCGGCUUCAGCGGCUGCGAUUUAAAACCCCGACGAGAGGCUUUAAAGCUAACAGAUGGUCAAGAUCUAAAGAAUAAACAACCAAAUGUUACACUACUCGAGCAAAAGGCCGGGGACAACAUUACGAGCGACUUUGAACGUCACGCCAGGGGCCCCCAGCCUCAUGUGUUUGAUUAUAUAGACGCGGAAAGCGAUUUAAUUCAGGUUAUAGAGAGUUCGCUGGAGUAUCAUGGAGAAUUUAGGAUGCCAGCAUUACAGAGUCCGACUUUUUUCCCCACUGAUCUGGAAAUAACAGUGGCCCCUGGGCUGAGAGACGGGGCCCCUCGACACCACUCAGUCGACAGCGAGGACGACGAUUAUUAUGAUAACCAAACUCUGCCCUUUUAUGAGUCUCACACUCACUUGAAAGAGCGAAAUACGAAUAUAGUUGAGCCAAUAUCGGAGUCGGAAUCUAACGAAACCGACAGACUGAAGUCCCAACUGAAAGAGGCGUAUUAUUUGCUAAUAAACACAAUGCACGACAUCAGUUUCGACGGUCAGGUCGAAGAUAACGGAUUUGUGGAUCAGGCCAGCAGCGCUAGUCAAUCCCACGACAGCGUAAGCACGGAAAGCGACGCGUGUUCGUCCGAAGAACGUAGGAACGAUUCCGAUUCAGCGUUCUUUGCGUUUCUCGGACGAUGUGAGGUGGGACUGACGCAGAGCAGAAGCUUGCAGAAUAUUCGCGACGCGAGUCCCAAACCGACGCUCCAGCGGUCGGUGAGCGAUAGCAAGGUGAAGUACUCGUCAAACCGCGAGGAAGAGCCGCGAGCCGCCGUCGCAUCGGGUCUCGGUGUGCAACAGGCGAACCCUACAGAAACCCUCCCGACGCUUGCUUCCUCGCGCCAAUCCCGCGACGACGCAGCGGUGCCCAAACACCCCGGAGUCACCGUCAACAAGAUGCAAGAGUGGAUGCAGAAAGGUCGCGUGCUUUCGUCCGAGAUGAAGCAGAGGAUCGCAGGUUCCUCGCUGAGAGCCAGUCACGUGAGGAAGCAGACAGCAGCGGUGGAGUUCAUUUCCGGUCCGUCUGUGUGUCUGCGAGACUCCGGCGCACGUCAGGCCUCGUUCAACCACAUCACCGUCUCCAAAAAACGCCAGUGGCUCCAGCAGAGCUGCGCUCGGCCCGUCCGCAGCCUGAGGACUUCACAAGCGCCCCCUGCAGCCGAGGAAAGGAGCACACACACCCGCAAAACACACCCUCCAUCGGCCAAAAAACUCAUGUCUAACAGACAAAGAAGCGCUGGACCCAGCCGAGGAGAACGACGCCGACGACGAGGGCGAGAUCUGGUACAACCCCCAUCCCCCCAGGAGGAGAAGAGGCCGAUCUGCCGAACCUGUGUUCCCAUCGGCCGUCAGAAUCCAGACGGGACGAGGAGGAGCAGACAGAGACGAAGAGGAGAGCAGAGCCUCAGAUCCUUCAGAGCAAUCCACUGGUGGACUUUCUCCCUCUUCUAGUCCCAAUCCAGCUAAAAG